CACGCCCUGCUUACGCGGGAAUUACAUAUAGUCGUUACAUCGUCGUUAUAACGAAUCAUGUAUGACACAAUGGCCGCCAGAUCGGCUUUGAUGAGAGUUUCUGUUUUCUCGGCAAUGUUCCUGUACUGUACAGGUGUGUCCCUAAAUCUUACAAAUUCCACGGAAGACCAGGAAGUAAAUCUCACGUGCAAAAUCAACGAUGCCCAGGGUUUUACCGGCAAGGUGUUAAUAAUCCAGUUAGCCGGGAAGAGCUCUCAAGCUAUUGGUUAUUUCACUCAGAUGAAGUCAAAUUGCUCUGGCGUCAUGCACGGGGCCACAGGUCGCUGUGGAGCAGGAACUAAUAGCAGCGACUCACGUUCGAAGAAAUACAACGUCACAACAACACUUGCAAGAGGUCCCGUUGAUUACUACUGUCAAGCGUUCUCUGGUGAAGUCAUCUACUUCAGCAAUGCUAUAAAGUACCCAUCGUCAAAUUCAGAUUCAAAUUCCACCUUCAGUAAAAAGUGGUUUGGGCUUGCCACUGUGUCAGGUGUUCCUAUCGGAUACUGUGUAAAGAUGGCUAUCCGGCUGCUAAGAUGCGGAAUCGGACAUUGGCGAGGCCGUGACACCAAUACUGACUUAGUAGACGUCUUUUUUUAGCAUUGACAUUCUAAUACUGUGUUAAAUGCGCAUUUCAGAAUAGCUGGUUUUCCCCUCGAUCUCAGUCAGCCCUGUCCCCCUACUCAAUACCAGGUACCGGCUCCCAGCUGGAGCAGGUUUUAACGACUCAAUGGGUAAGUGUAAGGCUACCUUAAAAAGAAAGAAGGAAAAAGGAGAAGAAUAGAGACCUGUCCUCUUCAGAGUACACAUCGCCCAAAAAUGCAUGCCACGUGCUCCCCCAGGCAGCCCUCUCCAGAUUAGGUUUUGUGUACUUCACCCCCUUUUCCUUUCAACCUUUCUCCUGUUCCAUCCUAUUUCUACGAAGUUGAUAGAAGGCAACAUAUUCUACGUAGCCGACUCCGUGUGGGUACCAGUGAUUUGAAUGGUCACACAUUUGUACGACACGUGGCAGAUAAACCUUGUUGUACUUGUUGGGCACCCAGUUGAAGAUGCUGAACAUUUUAAUGUUUUUGUCCAACAUACGCUGCUGCUCGCAAUACCCAUUUACUGAACUAUUAUAAUUUGAAGUGUCAUACUAUACUAUUUGGAGAUUCUAAUUUAAGUAUCCAAAAUAAUAUCUCUGUAUUUAAAUAUGUUCAGAAUUUUCUUAUUAAUAGUAAGCGUUUCGAGAUCAAUUAACCAUUUAACCAUUCUGUUUGCUAUUUACUCUGUUUCUUCAACACCUUCCUCUCUUCUACCCCCCCCCCCCCCCCACACACACACACUAUCCGUGUUAUCUGUAUUGCAAUAUUGUUCUAGCCAUGUAUAACAUGUAUAUAACAUGUAUAUUUGCUAAAUGUAGGGAGAGGCCUUAAUACAGGCACUUGCCUGUUGGCCAAUCCCAAUUUUGAUCUGCGAAUACAUAUUGUUUAAACCAACCUGUCCCGACACGAGCUGACCACGUACUUUGUGCUAGACCACGAUUCAAACCUUGCCUAUGGAUAACGGAAUGGACCCGCCCCUGGACUUUUUCUUCGCAAUGCGACCAGAAUUAAAGUGUGUGUUUUUC